AGGGCUCCUCGGAGGAGACCACCUGGCUGCUAGCCAGCGGUCACGCACUGCCCCUCAACUUGGGAGAGUGCUCUUAAUUAAACGGAGAUUCCAGGCUGAGGCUGCAGAUUCAGGGAUCACUUACCUAAAUGCUUAGCAAAGGGCCCAGCCCUAUAUAGUAGGUUCUCAAGAAAUGAUGUCUGCUUUUGAUGGAUGCGGAGCAGAGAGCCAGCGCAGUGCGGAGACGCGCCCAAGGUCACACAGCUGGGGCCGUGUCCGACCCAGGGUGGCCCGAGUCCAGCGGGCCGGGGUUUGCCUGAAACCAGCUUCGCGGAGCGGUAUAAGGCGGAGCGGACGCGGACGUGGGCGAGAAGGGCUUCUAUUUUUGAGCGGAUGAGAGGAGCGCGGUGCGCGGAGAGAGCUGGGUCCCUCCCCGAGCUCCCAGCGCCCCAGUCACCUUCCCGCGACCCUUCCCGGGAGGGGCGUCCCGGGCGAGUAGGGGGAGGUGGGAGGGGCAGCAGGCGGUUACCUCAUCGGCUCGCUCGCGCCGCCGGCUGGGGCGGCGACUCCAGGCACCGGAGCGAGAGAAGGACGGAGGGAUCGCAGCGCCGAGAGGCAGCACUGUCCCCUGCGCCCCGCUCCACUGCGGGACCCUCGCGGCGCGGAGGUCGGAUCUCAGUGCUGCGCGCUGCUGCCGGUGCCUCCAGUCCCGCUGCCGGGCGGGGGCCGUGUCUGCGCGCGGCGCGUCGGGUCUGUUCUCUCGGAGCUUCGGCACCCACCGGAGCUGCUCCUGCGCCCGUCGUCGGCCUGCUCGGCUGUCUGUCUGACCUCCUGCCGCCAGCUCAGUCCUCUGGCCUGGUCUCCCCCGGCCCCGGCUGCUCCAGCGGGCGAUGAGGAGCGCGAUGGGGCCGGGGCACACUGGGCAGGGCGCGCGGGGCGCAUGGAGCGGCGCCGGCCCAUGAGGCUUCCCAGCGCAGGGCGCGGCAGCGCGCGCCGGCCAUGGGGGGCAGCCUGCGGGUGGCCGUACUCGGAGCCCCGGGAGUGGGCAAGACGGCCAUCAUCCGCCAGUUCCUGUUCGGCGACUACCCCGAGCGCCACCAGCCCACGGAUGGGCCGCGCCUCUACCGGCCCGCGGUGCUGCUCGACGGCGCCGUCUACGACCUGAGCAUCCGCGACGGUGAUGGCGCUGGACCCGGUCAGAGCCCCAGGGGUCUAGAGGAGUGGCCAGACACUAAGGACUGGAGCCUGCAGGACACGGACGCCUUCGUGCUCGUCUAUGACAUCUGCAGCCCAGACAGCUUCGACUACGUGAAGGCGCUGCGGCAGCGGAUUGCAGAGACCAGGCCGGCAGGUGCGCCCGAGGCACCCAUCCUCGUGGUAGGCAACAAGCGGGACCGGCAACGGCAGCGCUUUGGGCCUCGGCGAGCACUGGCUGCCCUGGUUCGCAGGGGCUGGCGCUGCGGCUACCUCGAGUGCUCAGCUAAGUACAAUUGGCACGUGCUGCGUCUCUUUCGCGAGCUGCUACGCUGCGCGCUGGUGCGCGCGCGGCCUGCACACCCAGCCCUGCGCCUGCAGGGGGCGUUGCACCCCGCACGCUGCAGCCUUAUGUGACCAAAGUGGACGACUCCGAUGGAGAACGGGGCAUUUUGACUGGAACAACCGGGAACCUGGACUGGACGAAUUUGCCAACUGUUUUCGAAUUGGACAGGACAAUCUCCUCCCUGAUUGGAUGAGGAAAGCUCCCACCCUGUCUCCUGGAGGACAACCGGCCUCUCUUUGAAUCUCAUUGGACCCAGCCAGGCCCCAUUCAGACAAGAUCAGUCUUUUCUGGGAUAAGGACUCACGAUCUCAUUGGAUGGAAAGGACUUGACUAUGAAUCUGAUUGGAAGCUCUCAGACUGCUUCUGGAGCCUUACCGGACAAAACCCCAAGUCAUAUAUCUCAGGAGAUAAUAAAGGGGGAAACAAUUCAA